CGUCUCGCGACGACCGUGUGAACUGCUCUCAGUCCCUAGUCCGGUUGCUGCUGCUGCCCGCGCGCGACCGCUCCUACCUAUAUCUACAUCAGCUAAACUACUACACCACAUCAACCUUACCCUACCCGACUUACAUACAAGUGAACACCAAUACACAUCCCACCAGUUCAACCCAACCUGCCCUGAUCUACGCGCGUCCCUGUAUUACAAUCCCUUGCGCGCCCGACAUCGCUGUAGUACAGUGGUUGCAUACUCGGUCGCCAAGACAGAGCAACACACCUCCCGCAGCUCCAGUGACGUGGACGCCAGCGAAUCUCGGGGAAAGCGCCAGCGCACACAGUCUCUCCAAGUUCCUAUCCGAGCCUGCAGGCUACCGAAUAAACAUGUCGACCACCCCCCCGAAGAAGGAGGGCGUGGAACCAGGAGCUCAGUCGCCUGACAGUUCGGAGCCGCAUAUGGACAGAGAAGCUCAGGAAGCACAAGCGCAAGGACUCGGGUACGAGUUUGAAGUCAAGGAACAGGACCGAUGGCUUCCAAUUGCCAAUGUCGCCCGAAUCAUGAAGAUGGCUUUGCCCGAGAACGCGAAAAUCGCGAAAGAGGCCAAAGAGUGCAUGCAAGAGUGCGUCAGCGAGUUCAUCUCGUUCAUCACCAGCGAAGCCUCCGAGAAGUGCCAGCAGGAAAAGCGCAAAACGGUCAACGGCGAGGAUAUCCUCUUCGCCAUGACCUCCCUAGGUUUCGAGAACUAUGCCGAAGCCUUGAAAAUAUAUCUCUCGAGAUAUCGCGAGGUAAGCUGCAGGACUUUCAUUUCCCCCCUGUUCUCUCCUUUGUUGCCUUCAAACUUGGCGAAGUCAUUUAUCUGAACUAUUGGUAUUGAUUGGUGGCACGAGACCCUCCUCGCAAAUCAGAACAAACCUGGCGGUGGGAUCAAUCCAGGCGGGCCCAGCGGGGCAAACCCAGGUGCAAAUGCUGCCUCCGGGGGUACCUUUGCCC